AAUAGAGAAACAUUGUCCCUCUCCAAGUAACUACUGUAGCUAGCUAGGUACUUUCGAACUGUCUGUGUUUGUUUUAAGAGAGUGCGGCUAAACUGUAACAUUCCAAAUGUUGAUCCCCUCGAGUGAUGGUAAUACCUUUUUUCUAGCAUUAAUUGAAGACUGAGGAGCGUAGCGACAGACAUCUUUAUCACAACUGUGAUUGACAGCGAGCGAGUUUGUUUUGCUAGGUAAUUAGCCAUAUCUUCCGUGGAAUCUCGGAUAAGCCAGCAAAUUAGCAGUAAAUCGCUAGUUCAUAUAGCACCAGUGGAAAAGGUUACUCGAGGGAGCUAACGACAACGUCGGCUGGGGUAAUGGGUCUGCUGUCUUGAAACAUUAAUUUGGAAUACGAUGCCUGGCUUGCUGGCUAGUAGGAUAGGGACUGGAUAGGAAGGUAAGUAAGGCUACUAGUACGGGAGCUAGCUAACGUGAACUAUCUCACAUCACUGAGACACUGCUAGCUAGGGCUGGAAAGAAGUUGGCAAGUUCAAUAGCUAACGUUAGCUAAGACAGUCGUUUGCUAGAGGACACUGGUUAUCAAACUAGCUAUAUGCCGUUCAAAGUUUGUCAUGCCAUGUUUUGUUUAUGUGUGGACAGCGACAAUGUGAUGCAGUGAUUUUGCUACGGAAUUCCCCACGACAGUAACGUUGCCCGCUAGCACUGCGAUAUCGCUUGCACAAUCGGCCCUUUAAAUUAACAGUGGACUUUUUGGACUGUUGAUGUCUGAAAUCCAUGACCCAGGGCACAACCUAGACGUCAAGUAAACAAACAUUAGUGAUACUGAUGCAAAUAAUUGAACAACAGUGGAAAUCUGAAUAAGUGAGACCAUAGAGAAUUCACUGAAACGGAGCAGCAAAUCACAUUGACGCUCACUCCUUGCGCCCUUGUCCAAUAACUUGCAAUGGCAAUUACAACUUGAAGACUGGGUCCAUCUGCAUACCGUAUUCGGUUGGAAGUUCAUAAGGUGGUAGCAGUAAAGAGAAGAGCGUUCUCCCUAUUGUGCCUCAUUUCAGACUCGAAUACCUACUGCAAUGGAGGUGGUAGGUGGAGGAAAUGUGCAGAAAGUCACUCCGUUAGCUAGAGAAUUAUCCCGGAUCUUCAACAGCUACAAUAAACACUCCAUACAACUGAAAAAGAAUCUGAAGGAAACCAACGCAUUUUUCCGGGAAAUAAAACGCAACUACAGUAACGCCUGUGCAUCGGCCGCCAGCUCGGAGGCAGCUGCUCUGGAGGCAGGCCAGCUGAGCUGCAUCUCCUUCCCCCGGCAUGAGGAGGAGUUCCUGCAAAGCAACGUGGGCAGCGCCCUCUACAUCCUGGUACUUGGUCAGGACUGUGCCGCGCGCUACCAGCUGCUCAACUGCCUGCUGGGGGAGCGGCUCUUGCCCCUGGGCCCUGAGGUGGGCGAGGCCUGCGAUGGCGUCCAGGGCACCUCCUGCAAGAGGAGGAAGCUGUGCUUCACCCAUGGGCGCCAGACGCGACUCAGCCUGGCGCUGCCCGGCCAGUAUGAGCUGGUGCACCAGCUGGCGGCCCACUGCGGGCGCUGGGAUACGGUUCCCCGGGAGGACCUGGAGAUCCAGGAGGAGUGUGAGGACCCUGCCCACAGGCUGGCUGAGCUGGAGAUCACCCUCCACCACCCUCUGCUACAGGAGGCGAAAAUCAUGGUGGUGCCAUGCCCCAGUGUCCAGCCCAUUGAGGAGGCCCUAGAGGACUGUACGCGUAAUGCGGUUCCCAUCAUGCUCUAUGCCCUCAACCAGGACACCCUCACUUCCGAACAGGUGGCCGAGCUAAGGAAAGUCAAAGAGAUGCUCCUCUUCCCCAUCUGCUUCGUCCGUAUCCCUGCCACUCCGCCCGAGGCCUCCCCCGAACCCAGCCGGCGCCUAGAGAGGGAGAGGAGCCCCCUCUACAUGCAGCUGCUGUCCCUGGGCUUUCUCAGCACUCCGGUGGGGAACUGUUCCUGCGGCGCCCCCUCCCAGACGCCUAGCCCGGCCGUCAAGCCCCAGAGUGUCCUGGGGGAGACCUUUGAGAGGCUGCACCGCCUCCUGGUGACCUUCGCCCGCCAGGUGCUCCACAACCAGCAGGUGGAGGUUGCUAACCUGCUCAAUGGGGUGCACUGCCGUUGCCUUGACCUCUUCAUCAACCAGGCAUUUGACAUGCAGAGGGACCUGCAGAUCACCCCGCGGCGGCUGGAGUACACACGGGAGAAGGAGGGCGAGCUGUUCAUCUCCCUGAUGGCCAUCGCCAACCGCAAGCAGGAGGAGAUGAAAGAGAUGAUCGUGGAGACGCUGAGCAGCAUGAAGGAGCAGCUGCUGGAGGACGCUGCCAACCUGGAGUUCACAGACAUCAUAGUGGCGACCAACGGAGAGCCUGUUACCUCAAAGGACAUCAAGUCUUGCAUCCACCAGAUCCAGGAGCUGAUAGUUGUGAGGUUGAACCAGGCGGUGGCCAACAAGCUGAUCAGCUCUGUGGACUACCUGAGGGAGAGCUUUGUAGGAACCCUGGAGCGCUGUCUAAACAGCCUGGAGAAGUCCAACAUGGAGUCAUCUGUCCACAAUGUCACCUCCAACCACCUCAAACAGAUCCUUAACGCUGCCUAUCACGUGGAGGUGACCUUCCAUUCAGGAUCAUCUGUUACGAGACUCGUCUGGGAGCAGAUCAAACAGAUCAUUCAGAGGAUAACGUUUGUGAACCCUCCUGGCAUCACUCCAGAGUGGAAGAGGAAGGUGGCACAGGAUGCCAUAGAGAGCUUGAGUGCUGCCAAGCUGGCUAAGAGUAUCUGUUCCCAGUUCAGAACACGCCUCAACAGCUCCCACGAUGCCUUCGCUGCCUCCCUGCGACAGCUGGAGGAGGGCCACACGGGGCGGUUGGAGCGUACUGAGGACCUGUGGCUGCGUGUGAGGAAGGACCACGCCCCGCGGCUGGCCCGCCUGUCUCUGGAGAGCCGCUCCCUCCGAGACGUGCUACUGCAUGGCAAGCCCAAACUUGGGCGAGAGCUGGGGCGGGGUCAGUAUGGAGUGGUCUAUCUGUGUGACAGCUGGGGGGGACGCUAUCCCUGCGCUCUGAAGUCAGUUGUACCACCUGACGACAAGCACUGGAACGACUUGGCCCUGGAGUUUCACUACACCAGGUCCCUCCCUAAACACGAGCGCCUGGUGGACCUGCACGGCUCGGUGAUUGACCACACGUAUGGCGGAGGCUCCAGCAUUGCUGUGCUGCUCAUCAUGGAGAGGCUUCACAGAGAUCUCUACACAGGCCUGAAGGCUGGUUUAUCACUAAAGGAGAGACUCCAGAUCGCUCUGGAUGUGGUGGAAGGCAUUCGCUUCCUGCAUGGUCAGGGGCUUCUGCACAGAGACAUCAAACUAAAGAAUGUGCUGUUGGACAAACAGAACCGGGCCAAGAUCACAGACCUGGGCUUCUGUAAGCCAGAGGCCAUGAUGUCCGGCAGCAUCGUAGGAACCCCCAUUCACAUGGCCCCCGAGCUCUUCACAGGAAAGUAUGAUAAUUCUGUGGAUGUCUAUGCCUUUGGAAUCCUGUUCUGGUACCUCUGCACUGGCUCCGUAAAACUCCCAGAGUCCUUUGAGAAAUGCUCCAGCAAGGACCAGUUGUGGAAUAAUGUUAAAAAAGGCGCGCGACCCGAACGGUUGGCCAACUUUGAUGAGGAAUGCUGGCAGCUGAUGGAGGCCUGCUGGAAUGGAGACCCUUCCCAGAGGCCCCUGCUCGGCAUCGUAGAGCCCAGCCUGCAAAGCAUCAUGGUACGGCUUUGCAAUUGUGGCUCAGAUUAGAAGAGCAGCAGCCUGGAGGACUCAAACUGAAACUCAGAGAGCACCACAGACUGUUGCAAAGGAUUAUGGUCAAAUAUUUUUACUUUUUGUUGUAUUUAUGAAAAAAGGACAGUGUGUUUCUGGAAGGCCAAGAGAUGACCAAUAAUAAAGAUUGUCAAAGACAGUUGUCCUCUUCCUUUACAGGAGUUAUAUAUACACUAUUUAAGCUGACACGUGACAAACGUGUUUGUGCCAUGUGUAUUUGUAUAGUAUACAAACUCUAGCAGACACUAUGCUUCCGACUUAGCUGGCAUGCUAAUUGCUGAUUGGUCAUAGGAUUGUUACUAGAUAAAACAUUUGAAAUAUAGUAAAAAAAAAAUUAAAAAAAAUGCAGUAUUAUAUAUAUAUAUAUAUUAAUUUUAGAUUGUAUUUAAACUGGUUAUCCGAGUAUUCAUGCAUCUAUGAAAUUCAUUUUUUUUUUAAUAAAAUGAUUUUGACAAAUCAA